CUAUGCACUCUAAUGUCAACCUAACCUAACUUUCCAACUGAAAACUUUUUGAAUGCAAAAUAACAAUAAAUAACGUAUGUAAAGAAAAUAAUGUCGGAAACUAAUGAAAAUUCGAAUGAAACCGAUAAGAGACAGGCAGAAAAUGAAGACUCGAACGAUUUGGUGGGACCUUCUCUAUCUGAAUGUUCGCAACCCAAGAAAAGAAAAAUUUUACCUUUCGAACACCUCUACAUUGACAACUUGCCCACCGCUGAAUCUUAUGAAAAGAGCUACAUGCACAGAGAUACCAUAACUCACUGUUUCGUUACGGCAACCGAUUUCAUAAUCACGGCUAGUUGCGACGGGCACAUAAAAUUUUGGAAAAAAAUGGAAACAGGAAUUGAGUUCGUGAAACAUUUCAGGAGCCAUUUAGGUCCAAUAACGAAAGCUGCUGUGAAUGUGGAGGGUACCUUAUUUUGUUCUGCGUCUUCGGAUAAAUCCCUCAAAAUUUUCGAUGUAGUGAAUUUCGAUAUGAUCAACAUGAUGCGCUUAGAUUAUUGUCCUUCUCUAGUAGAAUGGAUCCAUUCACCAGGCGAUGCCGUUCAUGCUCUGGCAGUCUGUGAUGUUGAUAGUCCAAAUAUCCAAAUUUACGAUGGAAAAGCAGAUGCUUCACCAUUAAUUACACUAGAAAAAAUGCAUAGUAAACCUGUGUGUUUGAUCAAGUAUAAUUCUAAAUUCGACGUCACAAUAUCGGUAGACAAAGGAGGUAUAUUAGAAUAUUGGUCUGGACUUAAACAGAAUUGUGAGUUACCAAAAAAUGUUGCAUUUGAUUCUAAGCUGGAUACGGAUCUGUAUGUGUUCGUUAAGAAUAAGACUGUACCUUCAGGGCUAGCAUUUUCCCCUGAUGGAACCAAAUUUGCCACAAUAGCUUUAGAUAGGAGAAUAAGGAUCUUCUAUUUUCGAACUGGAAAAUUGAUCAAAGUAAUUGACGAGAGCCUUCCUAGAUUCACAGAACUACAACAGAAGACCCAACAGCUGCCUAAUAUGGAGUUUGGAAGAAGAAUGGCAGUAGAAAGAGAUUUGGAAAAAUCAGAAGCUUUCAGCUUGGCCAAUAUUGUUUUUGAUGAAAGUGGAAACUUUUUGAUGUAUGCGACUUUACUGGGGAUCAAAUUGGUCAAUAUUUAUUCAAACAAAUGUGUUAAAAUCAUAGGGAAGAAUGAGAACUUAAGGAUAUUGCACAUUGCAUUAUAUCAAGGAUCGGCAAAAAAAUCCAAAGCAGCUGUAACAUUAGAGAUAGAAGCCUCCAAUAACCCCACACUUGCAGCAAUCAGGCCAGAUCCUACUCUAGUAUGUACAGCUUACAAGAAGUCCAGAUUCUACCUCUUUUCUAAGCGAGAACCAGACGAAAUCGGUGUGGAUCAAGACAGGGAUGUUUUCAAUGAAAAACCAUCGAAAGAAGAUACUUUUGCUGCAUUGGAUGAACCAAUUCAGCAGAGACUUUACGAAAACGCUAUAAUACAUACAGUUUUCGGUGAUAUACAUUGUAAACUAUUCAUGAAAGAUACUCCCAAGACGGUGGAAAACUUCUGUGUGCACAGCAAAAACGGAUACUACAAUGGACACAUAUUUCAUCGUGUAAUUAAAGGUUUUAUGAUACAGACAGGGGAUCCUACAGGUAACGGUACAGGAGGUGAAAGUAUUUGGGGUGGGGAAUUUGAGGAUGAGAUUAAGCCUCACUUAAGGCACGAUAGGCCUUAUACGUUAUCCAUGGCAAAUGCAGGACCUAACACAAAUGGAAGUCAGUUUUUUAUUACACUCACCCCAACGCCAUGGUUGGACAAUAAGCAUACAGUAUUUGGGAGAGUCGUGAAAGGGAUGGAAGUUGUUCAGAAUAUUAGUAAUGUGAAAACGAAUGCAAAAACUGAUAAGCCUUUUGAUGAUAUAAGAAUUGUUUCUAUAAGUGUAAAGUGAGCAUGAAAUAAAGAAUUUUAUAUUA